AUGUCUUAUCGUAUUUCUGGGAAGGGUCAUUCUAUGUCUUUCUCAGAACCACCUCUAGCACAGAGAAUAACACAUGAUCCGGUGACGCUUAAAACCGCCCAGAAUACUGUCACCUGCGUCUAUCAGACCCACAUUGCGGGUUUCUGGCGCAAUGUGACGGUCUUCUGGUGCAAGAAUGCCGUGAGCCAUUACCUCAGCAUUUCUGUUGAUAGCGUAGAGAGUGACCAUUACCACUCCUGCAAGAUUGAUCUCAAGCCCUGGCACUUUUGGAGCAAAAAAGGGUACAAGACCUUUGAAGUUGAACAAAACCCACUGGAGGUCUAUUGGGAUGUACGCUCAGCUAAAUUUUCUGGUGGUCCUGAGCCAUGGUCCGAUUUCUAUGUUGCUUUAGUUUCCGAUGAAGAGGUGGUGUUAUUGUUAGGCGAUUACAAGAAAAAGGCUUAUAAGAGAACCAAAUCAAGACCUCCACUUGUUGAAGCUGUGAUGUUUUACAAGAAGGAACAUGUAUUUGGCAAAAAAAGUUUCACUACAAGAGCCAAGUUUGAUCAAAGAAGAGAAGAUCAUGACAUUGUUGUAGAGAGUUCAACAUCGGGUCCUAGAGAUCCUGAAAUGUGGAUUAGCAUAGAUGGGAUUGUUUUGAUCCACAUUAGGAACUUGCAGUGGAAAUUCCGGGGUAACCAGACGGUUUUAGUUGACAAGCUACCGGUGCAAGUAUUUUGGGAUGUGCAUGCUUGGCUAUUUUGUACCCCAGGCACAGGCCCUGGCUUGUUCAUUUUCAAGCCAGGUGCACCGGAAUCAGAAAGCGACAAAGAGGAAAGUAGUUGUGGUGGUGAAAGUGAGUGUAGUAGCAGUAAUAGCAGGUAUUAUUCGACUCUAAGUCAUUCCAAAGCAUCACAAUUCUGCCUUUUUCUCUACCCAUGGAAGAUUGAGUGA